AUGAGGAAGCCAGAGCAAUCUAGUAAGAACAACAACAACAAGCUUAGAAAGGGUUUGUGGUCACCAGAAGAGGAUGACAAGCUCAUGAACUACAUGCUAAACAAUGGACAAGGUUGUUGGAGUGAUGUGGCAAGAAAUGCUGGCUUGUUAAGGUGUGGGAAAAGUUGUCGACUUCGAUGGAUCAAUUACUUGAGGCCUGAUCUUAAAAGAGGUGCUUUCUCACCCCAAGAAGAGGAACUCAUCAUCCAUUUGCAUUCCCUUCUUGGCAACAGAUGGUCACAAAUAGCGGCACGCUUGCCUGGCCGAACUGACAAUGAAAUCAAAAAUUUUUGGAAUUCAACUAUAAAGAAAAGGCUCAAGAACUUGUCAACCACGACCACAACCUCAACCUCACCAAAUGCAAGCGAGUCAACGUCUGAGCUUAAUAAAGACAUCAAUAUGGGAGGGUUUAUUUCAACACAAUACCAACAUGUAGGCUUUAUGCCUAUGUUCAACUCAUCUCCAUCACCAUCAAUGCAAACCACAGUUUUCAAUAGCAUGAUUGAAAGGUUUCCAAUGCUGGAGCAUGGAACAAACAUGCCAAGUGCUGGAGGGUACUUCAACGGGACUACAGGGGCAUGCUUCUCACAAAGUGGAGGUGACAACAAAGGUUCUUAUAUAGAAAAUGGAGUAUUUGGGAGUGUAAAUAUUGGGGUAGAAGUUGAUUUGUUUGUUCCUCCUCUAGAGAAUAGUACGUGCAAGAAAGAAACUAACAAUACUUACUUUGAUGACAAUAAUAGAGCUGAAAAUAGGGUUGGUGUGGAGAAUUUAUUUGAAGAAGAGUUAACCAUGGGAGAGUGGGACUUUGAGGAGUUGAUGAAAGAUGUUUCCUCCUUUCCGUUUCUUGAUUUUUCAUUCUGA